GCAUUUGCUAUGUAUAACACUCUGUCUCAUGUCUCCUCUUGCAUGUUCUCUUCUGUGCUCCUCCACUUCGAUCUACUCGCCAUUAAAUUAAUUUGGCAUUUAUUUUCAAUCAAUCUCCUCCCUCUGUAUGCUUUACCUCUCUUCAAUUCGUUCCUAUCACUUUAAUAACUUCUCUCUCUCUAUAUAUAUACGACUAAAUACCCUAUAUGCUCAAAGUGAAGAAGAGUCACAGUCACACCACUUUAGUUUUAGGCUAAUAUUGUGAAAGAAAGAUGAGCAAGAGGGCAAGGAGUCCAAGGUUGGAACUGAGGCUGAACUUGUCCCCACCAAGGGCAGCAGCAACCUCAAUUAUAUCUUCUUCGGAGCUGUCAUCGACGGAGUCUUCGACGUUGUCGCCGGUGUCGGUGCAAUCGCUGGAGAGCUCCUGCGUGUCUUCCGAGGCUGAAGAGACAAGGGCAAUGCUUCUCGUGGGGUGUCCUCGGUGCCUCUUGUAUGUUAUGUUGUCGGAGGUUGACCCUAAAUGCCCCAAGUGCAAGAGUACUGUGUUGCUUGACUUCCUCAACAACGAGGAAAACAAUACCAAGAAGAGUAGCAGCGAGUGAGAGAUAUGUUGUGAACACCACAUGCAUUACCGUCGAAGAUUAACCACUCCACCUAGUACCAAGAAAAUGUUGUUUUUUGUUAUUGUUGGAUUUCCCUUUUUAGUUAAUUAUUAGAGUAGAAUUGGCAUUUUCCUCUCUCAAGUUUUUUCUGUGAAAUUUUGCUGUUACUUACUGUACCUGUACAAGACAAUUGCAAGUUAAGGGAAGAGAUUUUAAAUUUGAGUUUUA